CUUGGAUUUUGGCUACAGCUGAUAACUUUGUUCAGUGUUUUUAGUGUUUGAAGUGUGCAUCAUGGCCUCUGAACUUUACCACAAAGAAAAAACGCUACUAAUGCGGAGUACACUGAUUGGGCAGUCCUGUCGCCUCUUUUUUUCUCACGACCCGAUUAAAAUCCUAAAGGCUCGAGGACAAUAUCUGUAUGACGAGAACGGAAUGGAAUAUCUGGAUUGCAUAAGUAAUGUGCAGCACGUGGGACAUUGCCAUCCUACUGUCACUCAAGCUGCCACAUCUCAAAUGGAGCUCCUGAACACUAACACCCGCUUCCUGCACGAUAACAUAGUCACCUAUGCAGCCCGCCUUUCUGCCACUUUGCCUGAUAAGAUGUGUGUCUUUUACUUUGUCAACUCAGGCUCUGAAGCAAAUGAUCUUGCACUUCGCCUUGCCCGACAAUAUACCCAGAAUGAAGAUGUAAUUGUGCUUGAACAUGCCUACCACGGUCACCUCACUUCGCUUAUUGACAUUAGCCCAUACAAAUUUCAAAAGCUGGGAGGCCAAAAAGAAUGGGUGCAUGUGGCACCUUUGCCAGAUACCUACAGGGGUGUGUACAGGGAAAAUCAUCCUAACCCAGCUCAGGCUUAUGCAGACUCUGUGAAAAGUUUGAUCGAUCAAGUACAAGGCAAAGGCCGUAAAAUCGCUGCAUUUUUUGCUGAGUCCUUGCCUAGUGUUGGAGGUCAGAUCAUCUUACCUCAUGGAUACUGCACAAAGGUGGCAGAAUAUGUACGAGCUGCUGGUGGUGUAUACGUUGCCGAUGAAGUCCAGACUGGCUUUGGUCGAGUCGGGAGCCACUUCUGGGCUUUUCAGCUGCAGGGCAAAGAUUUCUGUCCUGAUAUUGUGACCAUGGGCAAACCUAUGGGCAACGGUCAUCCACUGGCUUGUGUGGCCACAACAGAAGAUAUAGCAAGAUCCUUCACAGACAAUGGAGUGGAAUACUUCAAUACAUUUGGUGGUAAUCCUGUGUCCUGUGCUGUUGGAUUGGCUGUUCUUGAUGUGAUAGAAAAAGAAGAUCUUAGAGGAAAUGCCACUCUGGUUGGGGGCCAUCUGAAGGAGCGCCUCGAACAGCUUCAGGAAAAGUAUUCCAUGAUUGGAGAGGUCCGGGGGAUUGGAUUAUUUCUUGGGUUUGAGAUGGUGAAAGACAAAUCAGAAAGAACCCCUGCUACGUUGGAGGCAGCACACCUGGUUAAAAAGUUGAAAGAUGAACGGAUCUGUGUCAGUACUGAUGGCCCUUGGGAAAGUGUCAUAAAAUUUAAACCACCAAUGUGUUUCAGUAUGGAGGAUGCAGAUCGAGUUGCCAAGACAAUUGAUAAGAUUCUUUCAGAAAUGUCCACAGAAUGAAAUUCAACGUUUCAAAUAGGAUCAUCUCAUAAACGCUCCAAUGUUAUAAUGUUGAGGAAAGAUGAAUUUCCCCCUCUCUUGAGAAACUCUGUUAAAGCUGAGAAUAUUUCACGUACAGCCUUCACAGACAAAAAGCCUGGCUAGUACUAUGUCCCAACCUGCUGGUGGACUGAAUUUGGCCCGAAUUUGGCCCCAGAGCAAUAUCUUUGACACCCCUAUCUAGGCAGAGAACAGCUUUACAGCUAAUUUUAAGCAAAGAUCACAGUCAUGUUUGGCUGUUUUCACAAAUAUGUAAUAGACCAAUUCUGGGACAGAUCUAUGUAUUUAAAUGCACAGGGGCGCCGCCAGAAAUUUUAGGCCCUAUGAAGGAUUUCAAUUUUAAAAAAUCAAAAAUAAAUGCACCAAUGUACCAAUGAAAAUGCCAUGGUAGAUAUUAUGGAACACAUAUCAGUUUUCUUUUAAGAGCAAAUAUGCUUAGGCCGCUUACUAUGGAGUUUAUUCAAGCCAAAUGGUCAUUGUUGAGAGAACUUGCAUAUGCAUCACUAUCAGUAUGGAUUUCUUACAUUCUGUAUGCAAAUUAUGGACACUUCAGAGCCCUCCACCAAACAUCAGGAUUUCAAUCAUGUUUUCCAAUUGUUUCCUUUAUUGACUUAUUGUAUGUGAUCAAAUGUAUGCCUUGAUUAAUAACUGUUAUUGGAUUGUAUUGCUCACCUCCUUCUCCUUCAACUGGGAUUUGGGUUGAGGGCUGGGUUCGUAUUCCUGAAUCUGUAGUGUGUAUGUUGAAGGCACCUCAUUAUGAUUAUGAAACCAGUUCUUAGCACCAGCAUAUUCAUAUUUUAUCUUGCAUAGCCUACAGUAGGUUAUUGCUCAACUUCACUAGUUACAGACAUUCCUACAUUACAUUCAUCUGAUCUCCCAUGGCAAUAAACGUGGAGUGUUUAAAUAAAAUAACACUGCACAUAUUAUAUUGUUUUCUGGAUUCAACCAGGUUAAAACGAAAUCUGCUGGUUUCUAUCAAUAGCAGCCUAGCUAGUGUGUUUUGUCAUGGCAUCAAGUGUCUAUCAAUUAUACUGAGACGGAAGUGGGAAUUAGUUUUUGCAGUUACAGCCCAUAUUGGUCAUGUCAAGAGUUUCAUCAAUGUCAAUGGACUUGUUAUUAAUCUUGUUAAUAAAUUCACCUUACGUAAA